GUCUGCCUGUCGCGUGUGGCGGCAUGGAGGCGCCGCUGGAAGUGGUGUCGCAGUUGGAGAGCCUGGCGUUUGAGCCCAGCACCGCCGAGCCGCAGCCGGACAGCGCCGGGGACGCGCCGAACCCUCCGAGUUCCCGGGAGGGUGGUGGGGAGGACCAGGCUCCGCCGCCUGCAGCAGAGGGAACGUGCAGCUCGCUGCCGCCUGCGAGCCCCAGUGGGCCUCCCGCCGCCGGCCCCUCGUCAGACUCGGACAGCUAUACGGAUUCAGAUAGUUCAUCAACUGCAUCCUCUUCCUCUUCGUUUUCACCUUUAUCAGUGUCUGAUGAAGAUGAUCAUCCAAAUGAGAAGGAUAACAGAUCUUACUGUAUUAAAACAAAAGAUGAGUUGCCUAUUGAUGACCUACCUCCUGUUGAAGACUUAACAAUAGUUCUGCCCGAUGAUGUUGAACUGAAGCUCUUUGGGACAGUUUCCAGCAUCAUUGAGAAGCUAGUAAUAAUUGAAUCGCUGCGUGGCCUACCUCCUGUAAAUGAGGAAAGCAUAAUAUUUAAAGAAGAUCGUCAAGUAGCAGGAAAGAUAUUUGAGGUAUUUGGUCCUGUUUUACAUCCUUUUUAUGUGAUAAGAUUUAACACCUCUGAGCAUAUCAAAGCAAAAGGUAUUAAUGUGCAAGAUAGCAUGUAUUUUGCUCCAGCAGUAGAGGACUUCACCCAGUAUAUAUUUGCAGAGAAACUUAAACAGGAAAAAGGUUCAGAUGCAUCCUGGAAAAAUGACCAAGAGCCACCACCUGAGGCCUUGGAUUUCAGUGAUGAUGAAAAAGAAAAAGAGGCAAAGCAGAAGAAGAAGAAGCCUCAGAGUCAAGGGAGGAAGAAACUCAGAUCGGAAACAAAUGCAUCAAGUGAGAAUAAAGGACUUCAUCAACCAGUGCAACAGCCUGCUUCGAGUUAUUCAAGGGGGUAUCGUGGCAGAGGGUCCUCCAGGGAUCCAUUUACUCCUCCAUCAGGCCAUCCAGGAUUUUUGAGACCACAAGUAAGAGUGACACAGUCGUACUCUUCAGACAGCAGAAUACCUCAGGAAUCUCCAGUGUUUCCUCAGAGAAAAGAAAAUCCAACGAUGCGACCGUAUCCCUUUCCUCCUCCAGUUUUUGGUUCUGUUAAUGAUACGCAUCAAUUCCACCUUCCACCUUCAAAUCCAAAUGUGAUUUGGACAGGCCCGAAUAUGUACAACCCACCAUACCCAUUUCUGCCACCUCCACCGCCACCACCUCCACCUCCACCAGAUAGCCAUCCUCAGUUCAGACCUUACUAAGUUUCUCUAAAUGUCCAUACAGAGCACUGCAGCUUAAAGGGAGGAAGAGCAGGUUGUGAAAACUAUAUUUUCUUAUUUUGGAGAUGCUUCAUUUUUCUGCAACAGACAAAUGCAGCAUUUGAUACUUUGUGAGACAUCAAUAGAAACCUUUAUAUAUGGUUUCUGUUUCAAAAAAGAAAACUGUGUUAUAAAAUUACUGAAUAUUAAAUAAUGGUUUAUUUUCCUAAGAUCUGCAAGUUUGAGAUGAUAAAUAAAAAUUUUUGGAGACUGGUAUAUAGUGGUGUAAA